AUUAGUUUCCAUCCUGUGAUUGGUGGCUUCAUGUCCAACAGGAAGAUGUGAACAGAGGUUAAAAGCUGCUGCAGGACUGCAGACAUCGGUAGGAAGCUGAACCACAGCCAUGGCUCUGCUCAACCUUCUUCUCCUUCUGCUGGGGCUUGGUGUUCCAGUGAGCUCCAUCCAUCUGGAAAAGAGAAUCAUUGGAGGUCACCCAUGUAAUAACAAUGAGCGUCACUAUCAUGUUAAGCUUAUAGCGGAAAAACAGGAAAAUAAUCUAAUAAAACGUUCUCGCUGUGGAGGCUCCCUGAUCAGCGAUCAAUGGUUCCUGACUGCAGCUCACUGCUGGAAGUCUGGAAGGACUCAUACAGCAUAUUUAGGAGUUCAUCCUAAAGGGGCUCAAGAAGAGGAACAUGUUGUCACUGAACAUCAUAUCUAUACAGACAACAAUGGUAAACAUGACAUCAUGCUGGUGAAGCUGCCAAACCCAACAACAAUCAAACCUAUACAGCUGACUGAUUGUGAAACUCCCCUCAGUGUAGGAACCGAAGUCCAGAUCGCAGGUUUUGGAUUAGUUGAACCGGGCCCUAAUGAUGAAAAAUAUCAUAACCCGAAGAUGAAUCCAUCUCAGCUCUAUUGUGCCGACAUGAAGAUUGUGGAAAAUAAGGAGAUGCCAGAAAAAAAAAGAAAUAAGAGACUGUAUCAGUACUGGAAAUGUGCUGCAAGCUCUACGCAGGACACAGUCCGGGGCGUCUCUGGGGGCGGAUGGGUCUACCAGGACAGACUCUAUGGUGUUCAUUCCUUCACUGGAGAUUCAAAAACUGCCUGUAAUAAACCAGUUGGUUUCAUGGAUGUCUGCGAGUACAAGGAAUGGAUAGAGGAGACUAUUAAUCCUGGAGCUAGAAACCCUGGUUUCUAGGAGACGUUUUGGAAGAAAUUACGCCAGAGAUUUUUGUGUUUUAACUGUCAGUAAAUGACAACAUUUAAGUUUAUCUAAAUGUUCAGUUUAUUUUGGCUUCAUUGAAGUUUUCUUCCUUUCCAGCUGAACAAUUGAUUCUCUGAGUAUAAAUGUUGUUCUGUUCAAGUUAAACUGUGAGAACAUUUCAUUUAUGAAGAAGUAAAGCUUCUGUUUUGCAUCCUUGUACUCAGCAGCAACAAUAACCACUGUUACAUAAAAAGACAAUAAAUUCAGCUUUGAUCAGAUCAUCACA